CCUUGAUAGAACAUUCCCCAAUCAGGAGAUCGCCAGCGGUCAGCCCAAUGAAUGCGCGCUUCUACGGCAAGCAGGCCCCGCAGGCGGCCCAGAGCAGCACAGCGCGUUGGCAGCCUCAGCCAUCUCAGCCUUCCUUCGUGCCGGUGCAGGCGGCCUACCCCUUCGCUCCCAGUGCUCCCUGCGCUACCGCAUCGGCAGCGGCAAGCUCCGCCCAGCGCGUAGCGCCACUGCAGGCGGCGCGCAGCGGUGCACAAGCUUGGGUGUCCUUCGUGCCGGCGCAGGCGGGCCUGGCGGGAGCACAAAGCAGCCCUGCCUCGUCCCGGAUGUCCCAGUUUGAGCUCACCCGAGAACCACGUCAUGCGAAGUGGGAUCCCAUGUGGGACGAUGCCAUCUUCAGAGUGGUGAAGACGGCGAUACUGGAAGGGCGCAAGUUGCAUCCAGAGGAGCUCCGCAAUGUGCUUGCUGAGUUCGACCGGCGCGUCAAGGAGCAGCGCGGGGGCAGUGACAUAGUGCGGUUCUCAACCCGAACGGCUUUCCUUGUGUACCUGUUUGGUUGCCUUGACGACUUUGUCCCGGCAACCGUGGAGACCCUGAAUAUCCUAAGUGAGUGCCAGACAAAUCGAGGUGGGCCACUUCCCCACGGACCGCUUCUCGCCCGGCUGCAGGAGCAAUUUGGCCAGCAAGCUUCGUGGUCAGACGUUUUGCCGCAGCUGCUCGACGCAAUGCGGAAGGCGGCAAAGGGUGGGCACUGCGGCAGUGCGUCCGAGGCGUCCGCGAUUCUGACAUCGAAGCGGAGCAACAUGUGCAUGGACGCCCUCAGGCUGCAAGCCCAACGUGACCGCCAUCGGCUCGUUGAAACAGAGGAGAAGCUUGCCGCAUGGGAUGUCAUUUUCCAAAAUGCUCACUGCCAAAAGUGGUCCUGGGAAGAGUUCCGCGACCGAGCUGCAAGUUCUUCCAAGCGGCAACGGACAUCUUUUGGGAGCACUGCCGUCCCGCAGUCGCCGCAGUCAGAGCAGGGAGUGAAGUAUGGAUCCUUCCUGUGGGACUACUAUGAGGAGAACAGUGCGGAAGGCCACGCUCCAAAGCAAUGGACGAGAGCCCCAUGCAAUGAUGGCGUUUCGUGCCCAGAUUGCGGCUCCAUGGACUGGCGAACGUUCCGCAGCAUGCCUGCGACGCAGACGACGAUGGACCGGCUGGGGGUCGACGAGCAAUGGCUGUGGCGUGAGUGGCAGCUCGCAGUGCAGCACCAGGGCAAGGAGGAGCUAGACGUGGACCACGUCUUUACGGUGUGGUGCAUCAUGUGCGAGCAGCACGGGAUGUCCUGAGAGCUGAAAGGGUGGCUGACAGGCAUGUUUCGCGGCACCGCCGAUACCGCUGCAGCCUUUGCUCCUCUGGCGAAGCCUUUCCAAAUCUCGCACUGGGAAUUCCGGGUGUCCGGCACCAUGCGGAUUCCGAGCAUAACGAGCAACGUACGGC